GUCUUCAUUAAUUAAACUUUGUACUCCCCUUUCCAGAUAAGCAGUGUCGCCAUGUCAAGCAAACAUCUUUCCAGCAGAAGUAGACGAAGCAGACGUAACCACCACAAGAAAACUCGUCGACUGAACGCAGAUCUCUACGAAAGCGAUGACGAAACAGAACAUAAUUUGAGGCAGAGGAGUGUUCUGUCACCCGACUCUCAGUGGAAGGAGCUGUGUUAUCGCCGGUACCUGCGCAUGCGCAUGCGGAGAGGUCUUCAAAACAAGAAUGUCGUCUACGUGGACGGCGAGGGUAGACCCGUCAGCCUGGCAGAGCGGAUUGUGAGGUUCAAACUCAAGCAGUCUGAAGACAAGCUGAUCGGUGGGAUGGGCCAAGAGCCAGUGCAAGACGAAAGCGUCCAGCGCGCCAGCUUACACAGUCUGUUACAUCAGUACCGCGCUCUGCGGGAGUCGGAAGCAGCUAUCGGCACGCAGCUCCUGGGGGAGAUAGGCCAGGCUACAGACAGUCUGAAGAAAGACGGGUAUCUCCAGGGCCCCAAUAGCGACACUGAAACAAGGAACCGACGGGGUAGUCUGGCCAUCAGCCUCGGCGAUAGCGCGACCCACUUUAACGUGAAAAAUGUAAAUCCAGUAUCUGAGUCUUUUCCAUCAGGACAAGAGAACCGCUCGUCAACGGCAAUUUCUCCGGAGACAGAUAAACUUGGUGUAUCAAACGUGGAUGCGAGAAGGCCGACCUCCAUAGUUCUGAAUAGUGAUGGAAAAACGGAAGGGGACGCUGGGAUUAGUAUGGAUGAGUGGCAGCAGGAACAAGUAGAUGGAGGAAAACAGACCGCUGCUCCUGGCGAAAAUGAAAAAAACCACGGACAAUCGGUAAAUUUCGAGCAAGAAAGCAACAAAAAAAGUGAGUCGCCGAAAGUUCCAGAACCCGAGGCACGAUCUGAGAAAUCAUCACAUUCCCUAAAAGCCCAAAACAGUCCACAACAGACAGAUAGAGGCGACGAUGAAGUGCAAAGCAGAGAACUUGAAGAAGGGCGUCUCAAGAUCGAGACAGCGAACGUCAGCACAGCUCAUUCGGGCAAGCUCACGGAUGGCAAAAAAUCGACUUCUCACAGUACAUCAUUUCUCCAAUCUCCGUGUGCUUCUGGACAGAAUUCAGCUCCUGCUACCGGCACGGCUGGAACUGGCAUGGAUGUUGAAAGCACUCCAAAUGACCCCGUAUCACAGAAACAAAACGUUUCCGAACAAAGCUCUUGUGAAAAGAACAGUCAUACUGGAGAACUAGACGGCCCACGAGCAGUUACCAAUGCGUCUGUGGAAGACCCCGCUGAUCCAAAACUCGGAACCAAAACAAUGGAAGAGGCAUCACAUUAUCUCCGCAUUUGCAAAUUCAUUGGCUGCUCAAUGGAACGUUCUUACUCAUUUCCCGAGCUUGUAUCCAGGGAGCUCUACACUAUUUCUUCGUCAAAUUCGAAAUUUGCUGGGAAUACCUCUCAGUUUCUCUGCCUACCAUCACUCCCAGCACAAAAAAGCACACAUGUUCCAAAUAGAGGACCCAGUAUUAAAGACAAAUCCCUACUGGUCACUGGGUCGAAUAGACAAGGAGAACAAUCACCUCCGAAUAAAAAUUUGAUUGGUGAAGAAGACAAAUCACAACCAGGUGACUUCAGAUUGCCACCCAUCAACGAAAAAAUGCCCCCUGAGAACACUUCAUACUCUCACAUUCCCAGUUCGUCAACACAUGGCAGCUUACCUCACGCUCCUAGACCUCCUUCGGAAAAUCGCCAAGUGGACGGGAGGUCCAGCGUUGUACAUAUUCCACCCGUACACACGCACGAUUUUCGAGGCAUGUCAAGAGCUGACACUAGACAGGAGUCCUUGGAGCGCUACAAACGAAUUAUUGGUCUUUAUGAUGAGCUCAGAUCCUUUAAUGCUUUUCAUCCUGGAUCCACUGACGUGUCGAUCACGAUGUCCUGUAGGAAGGCCCACGCUGACAUGCAUGUUGAAUGGGGUUAUGUAUCUCCGGAAAAAACAUUUUCAUCGCUAAAACAUUUAAAACACCGGCCUUCUCAGUCCAAGCGUCCCAGCCACGAAGAGGUAAGCCGCGUUUCAGUUUAUGGUAUGGAUGAUGCCAGUGAGUUGCCCAAUAAUUGUGCAAAGGAAAGUGACAUCUCUCCGCAAGUGGAUGAAUCUCAAAACGGCUCAAAAAUAGGUGAAAAGUGUAAGACAAAAGCUCAUGACUUUCUUUACCUACGAGAAAUUUCGUUAGCAAGAUUUGUUCAACGAGAAAACCCCCCGUAUACAAUCAGGCAUAUUCUUGGGCCAUUGCCGGAGAACAGCACAGCGACUGAUGACGUCAAUGGGAAACCCUCCAAUCACAAGAAACUAGGAAGGUAUCACCGGGCGAUGCCACAGAGAACAGUCAUACCUCACACUAAGUCCAGGAAACCGGCUCUCCACAAAAGACAUUUGACUUGUUUUGGGUUAAAUGCCAGGUGGGCUCAGACUGACUGCAACAUCAUCGAGAGCCCAUAUCCCAAGUCAAGUAACCCUGUCAUGUCUACUCGUAAGGCUGGUAUUUCUGGAAAGACUUCCAUUCGCCAGUCAAUGAAAUCUAUCUUUUGAUCGAUCGUGAACAGCAUAAAAACAAACUUUUGCUUUGUGAAAAAGAAAAUAAUUAAAAAAGGAUUCCCGCAAAU